UAGAAAAAGAUAUAGAAAAAAGUGAAAAAGAAAGACAAAAAUUAUAUUUUUUUAAAAAAAAAAUUACACUUUUUUUUUUUUUUAAGAUGUUGGAAGGGAAAGCAGUAAUUGGAGAUACAGAUAUGUUGGGAACCAUGCAACAAGAUGCAUUAGAUUUAGCUGCUAAGGCACUUGACUUCUUUGAUGUCACUGAGGCCACUGAAAUUGCACGUUUUCUUAAAAAGGAAUUUGAUACAAUGUAUGGACCAGGGUGGCAAUGCAUAGUAGGGACAGAUUUUGGUUCAUUUGUAACACAUUGCUAUGGUUGUUUCAUCCAUUUCUACAUUGGCAGCCUUGCUAUUUUGCUCUUCAAGGGCUCUACUGCCCUAGAGGACCCGAAAGCCGAGGCCAAAGCUGACCGAUUUUCCACUCUGCAAGAAAUAGCGUGAAGUCACUUCUUCAUUAAUUUUAUCGUUGUCGACCUAUAUAUACACUCCAAUGUACAAUAUUAGGAAGUUUUAAAAGUCUUAGUUUCACAUUUAUAUUUUCAUAUCUAUAAGUUAUAUAUGUCAAUACGAUUUCUUUCCUUUUUUUUUGGUGCUA